AUGGAGAACUACAAUGCACAAGUGGAACAUCAUAGACGACCGCAUCAGUUGACGUCCAAAUGGAGGAAAAUUCGAGCUUCGGUUUCCAAGUUCAAUGGCAUUUGGUCCAAGUACGAUGAUAACCGAAUUAGCGGAGAAAACGACUCCCAAGUGAUGGAAGAGGCGCGAUCCGCCUAUAAAACCGAAGUGGGUGUCGCGUUUAAUAUGUAUGAAUGUUGGUUACUUUUGAAGGAUAAGUCGUUGAUUCUCGCGCCUUCCACUGUGGACGUUAUAGGUCGUAAUAUGCAAAACAGGAAACCGGGAGUCCGGCCGAGUGAUGAGCCGCUUAAUGUUGAAAGUGAUGAGGAUGUUCCCGCCUAUGAACCCGUCGAUCUUGGCACCGAAAAUGAACUCUUCGGGUCCGACACGUAUGCGCGUCCGGCUAAAGCAAAGACCCCCCGGACUUCCGUGUAUUCCGAUGCGGGUUCAGAUUGGUCAACAUCCGACAUCGCCGCCCGACUUGAGAGGCACUGUAACACCCGACAGAAGAUUAUGGAGUCCCAAAAGGAGUCCCCCGCUUUCAUUCGCGAGGAAGAAACGAAACGGAUGAUGUAUAUGACCCUUUCUUUCAUGGGGACAACCGAAUUGGACAAGGAGGAGAAGAGGUUCAUUAAAGACCCGAAGAAGAAGCUGAUGGAAGAGUAUGCUGGCAUCAUCCGAGGUCCCAGCGGUGUUUAG